CAGACUGGAGAGAAUGGCCGCCAGUGGAGAGGUAGGGAAGCUGUUACAAGUACAAAAUGGGACACCUCCAACCACCAACUACAACGGCGUAGAUGCUGUGCAUGCCUGUAACAUUCUUCAGCAACUCAAAGUCUUGUACGAUGAAGCACAGCUCACUGACAUCGUUGUAGAAGUGGACCACGGCAAGACUUUCUCAUGUCACCGAAAUGUUCUUGCAGCAAUCAGCCCAUAUUUUAGGUCCAUGUUUACCAGUGGCCUUACAGAGAGCAGUCAGCGUGAGGUCAGAAUUGUUGGAGUGGAGUCUGAAUCCAUGCACCUUGUCCUGGAUUAUGCCUACACAUCCAGAGUCGCGCUUUCAGAGUCCAACGUCCAGGCCCUGUUCACGGCAGCCAGCAUUUUCCAGAUUCCUGCCCUCCAGGAUCAGUGUGCCCAGUUCAUGAUCAGCCGGCUUGACCCCCAGAACUGCAUAGGGGUCUUCAUGUUUGCUGACGCAUAUGGUCACCAAGAACUGAAGGAACGCUCACAAGAUUAUAUCCGUAAAAAGUUCUUGUGUGUGGCACGGGAGCAAGAGUUCCUCCAGAUGACAGAGGAGCAGCUGGUCAGCAUUCUCAACAAUGAUGACUUAAACGUGGAGAAGGAAGAGCAUGUAUAUGAGAGCAUUGUCCGCUGGCUGGAACAUGAUCAGUCUGGCCGUGAAGCCCACCUUCCAGAAGUUUUUUCCCAAUGCAUCCGUCUGCCCUUGUUGGACGAGGCUUUUCUCAGUAGGAUACCUGCCCCUUUUGCCCACGCCCUGUCCUUGUCUCAAGACCCUGCUGAGGCCAAAGCUCGCCUCACUGGCACAAAUGGUUGUCCACAGCGCCUGGGUAUGACUGCUUCUGAGAUGGUCAUCUGCUUUGAUGCUGCUCACAAACACUCAGGUAAGAAGCAGACAGUGCCUUGCCUGGACACGGUCACGGGAAGGGUGUUCAAGCUCUGCAAACCUCCUAAUGACCUUCGAGAAGUUGGUAUCUUGGUGUCAUCGGAGAACGACAUCUUCAUCGCUGGUGGGUACCGUCCAAGCAACAGCGAGGUGUCCAUUGACCAUCGGGCAGAGAGUGACUUCUGGCAAUAUGAGCAUGCAGGCAACCGGUGGCUUCCUCGCGCACCUCUGCUGAGAGCGAGAAUAGGAUGCAGGCUUAUUCUCUGCUGUGGGAAGCUUUAUGCACUGGGAGGCCGAGUUUAUGAAGGCGACGGGCGAAACGCAUUAAAAUCAGUAGAAUGCUACGAUGCCAGGGACAACUGUUGGACUGCAGUCAGUCCUAUGCCAGUGGCCAUGGAGUUUCACAGUGCCGUGGAGUAUAAAGAUCGCAUCUACAUUCUCCAAGGUGAAUAUUUCUUCUGCUUUGAUCCCCGUAAGGACUAUUGGAGUCAUCUGGCCCCAAUGACUGUCCCCCGGAGUCAGGGUCUGGCUGCCUUGUAUAAGAACUGCAUCUACUACAUUGCUGGCAUUUGCAGGAACCACCAGCGAACCUUCACCGUGGAGGUCUACGACAUUGAGAGGAACACAUGGAGCCGUAAGAGAGAUCUGCCAUUUGACCAAGCCACAAGCCCGUAUAUCAAGGCCAUGCUGCUGCAAGGCAAGCUGCACCUGUUUGUACGUGCCACACAGGUCAUGGUGGAGGAGCAUGUGUUUCGCACCAGCCGCAAGAACUCCCUUUACCAGUACGACGAUGAGGCAGAUGUUUGGACCAAAAUCUAUGAGACACCCGAUCGCCUCUGGGAUUUGGGCCGCCAUUUUGAAUGUGUGGUGGCCAAACUUUACCCACAGUGUCUACAGAAAGUGCUUUGAAAUGGGUGAUUUGUGAACCCAGUCUAUUAGGUGGAGAGAGUAGAGUGGUCCUGCCUGCCUUGUGCCUGGUGUUACCUUGAGUUUGCACCCCACAGACCAUUUAACAUUAAGUCUUAAGUUGCUCAGACUUUGGUUUAACUUGAUCAAAAUGAGGGUGCUUUUAAAGAUUGCAGUAUUUUUUUUUUCCUGACAGCACCAACUACUCACUGAGGCUUGUUUAACAAAACUCUACAAGGAAUCAUAAGUGCAAUUAUCCUAAUUUUUGCUUGUUGUUGAGCCAUGUUUUAUUUUUAUUUUUUCGAGACGCGUAAAUAGGUAUGGAUUUUUAAAAACGUUUGGCAUGCAAAUGAAGGUGUUGGCAAAGUAAAUGUGCCCUCUGGAGAUAUGGAUGCCAUGUGUCAACAUAAAGUGAAACUAUAGAUAAAUAACUAUAUAAAUGAUAUAUUCAUACGGGUAAGAUGAGUACCAUAGCUCAUUUAUAGGUUGCUGGCUCUGACGUUUUUGUGUAUUUUUUUUUUGUUUUUUUCUAUUGUGUGUAUGCCUCUCUUCAGUUUAUUUUAUAGACAAGUUUUUAAUAUGAAGUGUGCUUGUGAUUUACAUUAUCUUAGUGUUUUAAAAGGUGGUAGCAUGUAUAUUUUCAUGCCUCCCCUCUUCUUUCAGAAGCGUUGGCAUGUCAAACCACACACUAAAUGUGGCUACAGAGCUACUUAGGUCUUUUGUUUUUUGAGAUUCCAGUUCAAUGGGGCUCACACCUCCCACUCUCUGAGUUGGCAUCCAUUUUGUGUCACAUUGCAAAGAAAAUUUAUGUGAAAUCUUAAAAUAUUCACUCUCCACAUUGGAGAAAUAGGACAGAGUCAAAUUUGCGCCAACUCUACGUGGCAAGUUCAGACCAACUAACAGGUUUACCUCAGAAACUUCGGAUAUAUUUGACUAGGAGAAAAGGGAUGUUUAAGGUCAUUGUGUUGAUAAAGCAAAUGUGUUAAAAGCUCAGUUUAGAAAUGAUCUUUGAGGGUAUACUUUGGCAUUAAGAAGAUAAUUUUGAAAAGGGUUGAUAAAAUGCCAAAAAAGAGCAUUUGAGGUCUUGUUAUAGUUGUUAUGGACAUUUAAACAAAUUUUGUGGUAGCAAUAAAUCAGGGAACUGUGAUUAGGCUAUAUUAUGUUGUAUUACCUUAGUAAAAGUGCAUUAAUGUUUUUUUGUGUGCUUGUCUGGUAGUGGAGAAAAGAAAAAAAAGAGAAAAACAAUAGUACCAGUAAUGAUUGUUUGGCUGUUGCAUGGGUGCAGGCUGGAAGUGAUGUAUCAAAGUAAUAGUGCAGAUAAUGUGUGAUGCCAAUGUGCCUGUGGCAAGAAAAGGGGGCAUCAGAAUCAAAAGCUGUACUUCCUGAUGAAGAAUACCUGAAAAGUCUUAUCAUUGCACUGAAUUACUAUCUUCUUAACAGUCCUCAACUGCAAACUUUAUGAAGCACCCACCCCCCGUACAAGAUUAUUCAUCUUUUCAUGCCAUCGCAUAGAGGACUUAAACUUUUGGUGCUGCUUUUUUGUUUUGGGUUGGUUACUUUUGCCCCCCCCUCGACAAUCUUGCGUAGAAAAUACCACAACCAAGUGGCUGUCCCUGAAAAAUUGUGACAUUUUCAGUGCUGUCAUUUCCUCCAGCAAAUUCCUGUAUCAUCUUUGCACUAAGCAUUUAUACUAUAUCCAGACCGAAUGCCCCCCGUCCCCCUCAACCAGUUUUCAGUGACCACAUCGUAAUCAUUUAUGAGGUCUACAUGGAAAUAAAUACAGACUUGAGGACAGAAUUUGCUUCUCUAAGAGAAGAUCCUUUGUUAAAAGACUUAAAGCUAAUUUUUAAUCUCUGCCUUCAAUAUAAAAGAAAAAUACGUGAAUGAAUAAAUAUUCAAAAACAUCAAGGAUGAGAGCGAUCAGAGCUUCGACAUGGUGGGUGACAGACGGCUGUUUGAGAACCAGGAAUGGACAACUCUCAGGAUUUCUACUGAUACACAGUACUGUAUUUAAUUUGUUGUGUGUGUAAUAUAUUGUACUAUAGGUUUGCUGUACUUGCACAGUUUUCUAAACUUAUAUUCAUUUUCUUUUAUAACUUGAAAAAUAGGUGUGAUUUCCUGUUUCUUUUUUUUGUCUCCAGUGGUUAUUUUUUCCCUUUUUUUAUGUAAUUAUCAGUUUAGUUAUAGUAGAGUAAUCCUGUUCUGAUGAGGACAAGGUUACCUGCACGAGUGAUACUUUGUUUUUUUUCUUUAGUACAUUAGUAUUUCUUUAUAACAUCUGACUGAAACUAAGCAUUACAGAUAACUACAUUGUUACAUUAUGUUUAAAACACCAGUCAUGUCAUACAACAAGCUAAACAAGGAGCUUUCUGUGUUGGUGGUCGUUUGCUGCCAUAGAGAGCUCAGUCUGGUCGGCGACAUGCAUUGCUCAUGGGUGCUAUUCCAUUAUGUUUCCAUCCAUUUCGUUAUUCAUUUUUAAUUUAAUUUUUUUCCUUUCUUUUGGAUUUCAGGUGAUAGUGGUUUUUGAGCUCAACUGUGAAAUUCACAUUGCACAUAAUUUGAAAAUAAAACUAUCAAAAGUG